CCAAGCAUGGGCCCCGAAACUCCACCAUUUUUAGAUAUUGGUCCUGCACUGAUACGGGGCGCGGGGAGGGGGGGCGGACAAUGACCGGGGAUUGACGGCAACGAACUCUUCGAAGAACAACCCUACCCGCACUCAGAUCUUGGAUGGUUCUUUGGCAAUUCUGCUUUUUGCGUAAUGCUGCCAACAGUGCCGUUGACCCAGUCGCAGUGCAACAGACGGCGGAAAGCGAGAUGCCGAGAGCCGAUCAUCCCCCUCCCCCAUGUUUUGCUAACCAAGGGGCUAUAAUUUGAUAUAUAAAAGUACAAAACCACCUGACGACGGAGGUUUGUUUGGACUUGCUGUUGAAUGAUCGAUACCUGUGUCUAACAUUUCAAGUGUUGUCUACACCUGGAUCAACAAUAUCAUCAAUCAUGUCAUCACAAACGUUCUUCCUCGUUGGCGACGGGCCAUCAACUGCCCGCGGCAUCGUUGUCGAUCCCAAGUGGAAGCUUGAGGAGCUCAAGAGGGCUGUUGGUCUUGCCCACCAUAUUGCUGUGCCCACCGGCAUCACCUUCCACUUUGACGCCGAUGACGAACAGGAGCUCAAGACCGUCGAGGACGUCCUCAGGGCUUCUGGUCCUGUCGCCUGCAGAAUCGAUGGCAACCCUGUCCGCGACCCCCAGGGCCCCGAGGGUCUCCCCAUCGUCGGCUCCUACUAUGAAAUCUUCCCCGACCAUUUGGGCAACCACUACAGAUUGUUCCGCAAGUACGGCCAUGUCAUCAAGACCACCAACAUGGGCAGGACCAACUACCUGACCGACGACCCGGCCGUGGCGCUCGUGGCCCUCGCCGAGUCGGCCUACUUCACCAAAAAGAUCACCGAGGAGCACCCCCUCUUCGGCAUCAAGGACAACUCUGCCAUCUUCAUCGGCGACACCGAGACCGAGAACUGGCGUCUGGCCCACAAGUUCCUGCCGCCCGCCAUGGGUCCCAAGGCCGUCCGCCACUACACGCCUCUGAUGCAGGAGUGCGUGCGCGGCUCCUUCAAGAUCUUUGACGAGCUCGACAGCCGCGGCGAGUCCUGGAACGUGUACCAGUACAUGGUCAAGCUGGCCUCGCAAACGGUCGGCAAGUUCGCCAUGGGUAUCGACUACCACCACUUUGACGCCGUCGACACGCCGGUGCACUCCCUCGUCACCAACAUCGUCAAGCUGCUGGCGCUCAACAAGAAGGUCACGGCGCGCGGCAGUUGGUACCAGCAGCUGCCCUUUGGCGACCCGGCUAGGCUGCGUGAGAUCCGCCAGAUCACGUACGGCCAGUUAGCCGAAACCAUCGAAGCCGCGCCCAAGUCCGGCAUCGAGAACCUCCCGCUCAACGAGGCCGCCACCAAGGCCUCGUGCGUGGCCGACUACCUGCUCAACGCCGUCGACGAAAAGGGCGAGCACUUCCCCAAGGGCCUGAUCCUGUCCAACAUGCUCGUCGUCACCGGCGCCGGCUACACCACCACUUCCGCUCUCUUGUCGUGGUGCAUCUACUGCAUCGUCACCUACCCCAAGAUGCAAGACCGGCUGCUCCAAGAACUCAUCGACCACGGCAUCAAUAGCGAAACCGACUGGGAUCCCGACCUGGCGCACUCACUCCCCUUCCUCGACGCCUUCCUCAAGGAAACCCAGCGGCUGCACAACGCCUCGUUCCAGCCCGGCCGCACCACCAAGACGGACGUCGUGCUCCCCGGCGGCUUCCGCCUGCCCGAGAACGUCAUCAUGAUCCCGGCGCUGUACGCCAUCCACACCAACCCGGAGCACUGGCACGACCCGUUCCGCUUCGACCCGGACCGCUGGGACACGGAGGAGGUCAAGAGCCGUCACCGCGGCGCCUACAUGCCCUUUGCCACGGGCCCGCGGUCGUGCAUUGGCUUCAACUUUGCGCUGCUAGAAAUCAAGGUCCUCUUGUCGGAGCUGGUGUACAGGUACAAGUUUGCGAGAGAAGGGUUUGAGGCCAUCGAGUAUGAUCCCGAGUUCCAGCUUAUCAGGCCGCUUAACUUGUACGUGACUGCCAAGAGGAGGACCGAGUGGCCUGCUAAGAGCAGCGCGUAAGUAGGUAGGUAGGUAGGCGGGCGGGAUAGUGAGAUACUGGUGAUGAUUUGAUGGUUGUGGGGGUUGACUUUUUCGUGUCUCGUGUCGUUGCAUCUAGGGGGCAUUUUGUCGGUGUUGUUGUUCGGUUAAAAAUUGCAUCUAGAUCUUUUCCUGUCUGUCUGCAUUCUUAGUGGGCGGGUUUUCUUGUUGUACAUACAUAUAUCUUUACUUCUCUUCUGGCCCUUCCCAGUGCAGUCGACCUGGAAUGGAAAAUCGGGU